AUGGCUAGGCCUUGCAGCAGCUCAGUACCUCGAGCUAGCACUAUUCACAAAUGUGAGGAACGUUGGAAGAUUUUGAAGGAGAAUUUUAAUAUAGAUGAGAGUGUAGAUAGUUGGCUGACGAGGAUGUACAGAUUGCGUGCACACUGGGUAGAUGCAUAUUUAAAAGACAUAUUUUGGGCAGGAAUGACAACUAGUCAGAGAAGUGAAAGUAUCAAUGCAUUUUUUAAUGGUUAUGUAAAUACAAAGACUAGGCUUGUGGACUUUAUAUGCCAAUAUGAUAAAGCCUUAGCAAAUCGCUGUGCAUCUGAAUCUCGAGAAGACUUUAUGACAUUGAAUAUUGUGCCUGCAAUGUGCCUUCGACAUCCAAUUGAAGUGCAAGUUAGCAAAUUAUAUACUAGGGGGAUCUUCAAAAUAUUCCAAGAUGAGCUUACUAAUGGGUUAUCACUUUUUUAUGAAGAAAUACUAAAGGAAGAGCCAAAAAUAAUUUAUCUAGUUGGUGAUUUUUCUGAAGAAAAAGAUAAAUGGGAAGAAGUUACAUAUGACAAAUCUAGCGGGUGUCAAAUGCACUUGUGCACUUUUUGA